ACCCCGAUAAAACCCUUCUCGAGAGUAGCAGUCUAGUUCUCUUCGCCGCCGAACAAGCAUUCCACACUACGUCGGACGUCGUCCACCGUUGUCAGCCCUGCGUGGUUGUUCUGGGCAAGCAGUGAAGAAGGUUCGAAGCCUAGGGUCUUUUCUACUCCCAAAAUCUGGUGUUGUCAGAUUUGGACAAAAACUUUGCGCUGACAGCAAUUUGAGAAAGAGCUGCAGCCAACUAUGCUUCUGGACAAGACUGCCCACAAAGAAACCCUUUAUGAUGUUCUUAGUGUGAAGGAAGAUGCAAGCUAUGAAGAGAUUCGUGCCAGUUACCGCAGUGCUAUACUCAAUUUACAUCCUGAUAAAUUAUUGAAGACAUCUGAGAUGUCAAGCAGUCAUCAAACAUCAGGAGAUAGAUUCCUCACUGUACAGAAGGCAUGGGAAAUUCUCAGCAAUUCAACCUCUCGCUCAGUAUACGAUAAUGAGCUGCGUGGUUCAAGACAGGAUGCAUUGGCUGCAGAUGUUGCAGAAGAUGUAAGCUUACAGGAUAUGAUCGCUGAAGAAGCUGGAGAGGCAUUGGAGCUCUCUUACCAGUGCAGAUGUGGUGAUUACUUCACCAUGGACUCUACAGAAUUGGAGAAAAUGGGGUAUUCAUUGUUGAGGGAUGGAAGUGAGAUUUCUCUGCACACUGUCGAUGCUUUACCGGGGUCAGUAAUUCUUCCUUGUGGAUCUUGUUCUUUGAAAGCUCGUCUACUGAUCAACAUCGAUGAUAACAAUUGAAUUCAUUUACAUUGUGGUUUGUGUGAUUCAUGCCCACAUUCUGUGUUUAUUGCGGCAUAUAUCUUAUGGCAUAUUGAAAGAUCUUCUACAGUAAAUGCAGAAUGAAUUCAAGAGAAAGAUAUGCUGACCUAGUGAGAAUCUAAUUUGUUUUAGAUCCAUGGGCCUUCCUGUGUUUACCUCCUAAAAUGGCCUUGUAUAUAUAUACUGACAAAUUCAGGACCAGAGAAAAUUCACAAAGAAAAUCAUUGUAAUCUA